GGGAUGACGGGCAUGACGCAAAAUCCCCGCGACAGCUGGUUGUUUCCAUGGAGCCAUUAGAAGCUAAAAGCUCGAGUUUGCGGAUUAGCUAACAGCUUUUUAGUUAGCUGGUCGUUGUUUUUCGUGAUGUCAUAGCUUUCAAGAUGUCAGAACAACAAAAUAUCGAUAAUGUCGAGACUCUGUUUUCAUUUGAGUUUUUGGUCGAAUGUGUCCGAAUCGAGAAAGAAAGCAAAGUUUCCGACGAGCUGGCUCUUGGAGUGCGGCUGCUGGAUUUUCCAACGCUGCUCAUUUAUCAGCCUCAACAGAGCAGUGGCGGCAUUAACCAACAAGAACAUCAUGGAAAGUAUCAGCAGGGAGAAUACGCCUUUAACAGGGGCAAGUCUUGUUUCUUCAAAAUGAACCUGAACUCACUGCAUGCCCAGCUGUUUAAUAGCCCUCUAUAUGCUAUGGUGUUGGAUGUGAAAGAGGAGAUCCCCAGAUUAGUUGGGACUUCGCUCAUCUCACUGGCUAAAGUGAUGGACAGGAUCAGGCAGGAUGUGACUGAACAUGGUGCUUCGACUCCCUCGUCUCAUGGUGAAAGAGGGCUUGUUGGUAUAUGCAACCUCAUGGGGGAUAAAGUUGGAUCAAUGUCCCUGAGUUAUAAACUGCUAAGUCUGGGAGCUAGUUUACUGCCACAUAUUGCAGACAGCAAGUGUGUUAAAAGUGUCGGUGUACACAGAGAAGAAAAUACACCAGAAAGCAUCAUAUCAACAGAAUUAUUGCCUUUUGAAUGUGGGAAUGACUGCUCACCUGCACUGGACAAGUCUGAUGUCAUCCCAAACAAGAAACCAUCAAAUGAGACUAACUUGCUCAAUGAGGACAAACAGGACAGUAUACAGACUGAACAUGAGACAAGAAACCAGAUACACCAGACAGUCAAAGAAACUGAAAACAGUUCUGAAGACGAUUUAACUGUUUUUUGUCCACCAUAUCUUUUCUACAGUAAUUCUGCAGAAGAAAAAAGGAAGAGUGAAGGAGGCGGUUGUAAUUUAUUGAAUCUAGACUCAGAUGCUACUGCAUUUGAAGACACAUUCUCAGAAGAAGAGGCGACUGAAGAUAAAAUUGAAGUUACAAGUUCACCAAUAAUGAACCAGAGAGUACAGCAUGAUGCACGAGUUUCAAGAAACCAACAAACAAGAGGAGCAACUCCAAAUGUCUUGAGGGAAGCUUUACAGCAGUUGCCUCUGCUGAAUGCUCUUCUUGUUGAGCUAUCACAGUUGAAUGACCAGAGUCCACAACAGCAGCCGUCUAUUCAUCCCAGUCUAGCUUGGAUUUACAGACCUGCUUCCACGGAGCCUUCAGCUGGGCAUGAAAACACCACUCCAAAGGCACAAACCAAAUCAUUGCAGAAAAUCAGACAGGGACCUAGUCCCCAUUUAAACCAUUUACAUUCCCCGAGAAACUGUUCUACACCAGUGUGUGGGCCUGCAUCUAUAAAAGUGAAAGACAAACUGGAAGAGGCUUUGGUUGAGAGUAAAAGCUCCUGUACCUCUCCUAGGAAGAAGCUUGUAUAUGGCACAACUAAAACGUUUAAUCUGAGGCUUAAGCAAAUUUCUUCUCCUAGAGUAAAACGCCAUGAAUGCAUGGAAUUGAUACAGAAUAAAACACAGUCAAGUAUUGCCAAAGGAAAGACAAAGUCAAGUAAUAAGAUCAUGAAGUCCAGCAAAAGAAAAUCUGCAUUAAAUCAGAGUUCCAGUCUAAAUGAAAAUGUUGAGACAAUGGUACAAAACAUCACAGUGAAGUCUGCACCACAUGAAACAGUCACAGUAAAACAGGACAACCUGCAUGGGAAGGUUCAUGCUGAACAAAGCAGAUACCCCACGAGAAUUUCAGAAAAACCUUCCCAUUCUGAAAGAGGGUUGAGAGUUAUUCACAUCCCCAGUGUGGACGGUGACAAAGUUGCCCAAAACAAAGACAAGAACGGGCAUCACAGUGAAUCAGAUCAAUCACAGUCGGAAUCUGACAGACACAGAGACAAAAUUGAAUCUUCAGGAAGCAGCAGACACAGCAGCCCAAAAUCCUCCUUCUCAGACUCCAGUGGGGAUAGAAACAAGGAGGUGGACUACGCUGAUGACUUUAACAGCCUUGAGCCCAGUGAUGCCUACUCUCCUGACCUCGGGAGUAGCCCUGAGCCCUCCAGAGCCAAGACUCCCUGGUCUUCUCUGCACUCUGACUUGUGCAACACUGACUCUGGCUCUGAGGGUUUCCAGAGUAGAGCAAUCCUGCCUGUGCCCAUCAAAGCCCAGAGCUCUCCGCAACGUACUCUGAGGGCUACACACAUAAUUCGACCUCGAACCCACGGCUCAGCCCUGAGCUUUUCCUCCAAUGAUGGUGACAAAGACAGAUCAGUUUCCUUACAAACCAUAUGCUCCACAAAACAGAAGUCAGAGAGUGGUAGAGUGGAACGGAGCUCUGGUGCUGACAGUUUUAUAUCAUCAAGAGGUCAAAGUAGCAAGUCGACCAAGAACAGCGACCCAGUUCAAGGAUUUUCUGCAGAAUCCAUAUCCUCCUUUGAACCACAGGAGGCAGAAGAGCUGGAGGAUGAGCUUGGAUCUCUGGAUUUCAGAAAGGAGUAUCAGCAUAUCUCUAAGCUAGUGACCAGCAAACUUCCUGGUUACACUAUGUAAAAAAUAAUAUAUAGCAGGUAACACAAGUGCUGCGUUAUUUCACUUAACCAAGUGAAACAGAUGAAUAGUAGUGUUGUACUGUACACAUCUAGCAUAUGCUUUUAUUUUUAAAAGCAAUUGUGUGAUGACGAUGUUGGUCUUACUUUUUAAAUAAAUACAAGCUUUCUGUGCAAAUUAUGUGAUCAUUUUAUAUCUUAAUCACUGGGUUAAUACGAGGAUACUGGACAUUUGCAUAAAGUGUUGGACCAUGAGUUUUAGUGACAUAUAAGAGGAUGGAAAAUAUCCCUAUGCACGCCAUUUAUGCAAAUCAUUUAGCUUAUACGCUCUCAUUUCCAGUAGAGUUGUCACAAGUUGAAAAUCUGCCUGAGUUCACAGGGCAGCUUGCGAUUUCAGAGGGUUUGUUUUGUUUUUUUACACCAUCUGCUACUUUGCAUUUGCUCCUUGGUAUUUAAUAAGAAAAACAAACUGCUAUUUUAUGAAUUUUAAAACCUGUGUGGUGUGUUUUGUGUGACAGGGUUAAGAAUUUAUUUGCCACAUUUUGAGUUUCAGAGGGACAACUGUACUACUAAUUUGCAGUGCUGGAAGUUUAUUAACAUUAUCAAGUAUAUUUUCUAAGUACAGUAAUUAAGUAGUAUUCUAAUGUACUUUUAUUUUGAGUUUUUCCAAUUUUAUCCUAUUAUAUAAUCAUACUGCGCUAAAUUUUCAGAGAGAAUUACUGUAUUUUUAAUGACUGCAUUUAUUUGACAGUUGCCACUUAAGAAAUUAAUUA